GUUAAGCAACACGCCUAAAGAUUCAUGCUUGUUUUUCAUGAAAAUUUUAAAAAUGAGUUUAAAAGUAAAAUUUUGUGAUGUGAACAAAGAAAGUAUUUUACACAUUGCUAUCGCACUGACAAUCCACGCAAUUUACCAAAUAAAAAAAGAGAAGAAAAAUCGAAAUAUGCAAAAACAGCUCUUACUGUGUUAGUCACGCAGUAGAAAUAUGGUGAUAAAAUAUGGUGACAAAAUAAGUCUUUAAUCACACAUAAAAGGUAAAUUAUUACUUGAAUCACGAAUCUUUGGAUACCUUUCCUAAAAUCUUAAUAUUUUUUUCUCAAGUUUAAUUUUCUUGAAAUAUAUAUGCUCAUCCGGAUUCAUGCAGUUUUUAAUUUGACUUGUAUCGAAGGAAAGAUUUUGGACAUUCGCAAACAUUAUGACUUGUGACGUAAAAAUAUUCAUUUAUACAGUACGUGUUGAAAGUGUUGUUGUCUUAGCUUUAGAUAAAAAGACGUUCAUGUUUUGAAAAAUUUAAAAGCCAGGGCGGAUAUAAUACAAGGAAUGGCUUUCAGCGUAGAACCAGGCCAGCCUGCACAUUCGGGUCAUCAGACCAGACGUUAUACUGUUGAGUUCUCAGCUUCAGAAUAAUAAAAUUACUGCUAUAUGCCAGAUUCAAUGCCAAACAAGUUCAUUAACAUAUACAUUUGGGUAAAGGUUAAAAGAUAAUCUUGUACAAGUAAUACAAACUUAAAGGUAAAAAGGUCAUUUUGAUAACCUGUUAUUAUUAUCUUAAGGUCAACAACCUUGAUAGACAAGGUAGUAAACACUGCUCUAGUUCCUUCCAUGCUGCUUUAGUUUGACACUUUGAAAUUCUAAAAGACUACUUAAUUUCCUUUGUCCAUAGCAACCAUACUUUUGAUGUACAUGUACAUCAUUUUUAGAAAACAAAACAAAAUAUAUACGACGGGUACUUUUUGUCCGGGACGGUAUAGCGCUUAUAUUAUAUCAUAUAAAGUAUAGACAAAGAUAUAUAUGGGUAAACUUGAAAAAUGUUGGCUGAAAAAAUGUUAUCUGCGUGGUCUUGGACGGAAUCUUGCACUUUCCAGUACCGUCCAUUGAACAGGCUAAAUCAAAAUGAAUCUGAAGCAUUUUCAAUUUUGCCAUUUUGAACGUUUUGAAAUCAUUUUCUUUCGCUAAUUUAAGUUAUGCAACGAUAACGUAGAAGUAAAUCUUCUACAGAUGAAGCAACAGCUACAUGCAUGAAAAAUUACUGGUGAACUGAUUUGUAAAUAAAUUGUACAUCAAAUGUCUUAAUGCUUAGAGAAAACAGAUAGUGAUCAAAGACCAAGCUCGUGUUUACAAUGGUAAUAUUUCUGCUGCAUGUUGUAGCUUUAAAUGUUAUGUGUAGUGACAGUACUUUUCUUAAUUAAAAUCAAAAAUUCACUUACUUAACCUAAAUGUUUAUUUAACACAACAUGAAUGUCAAGGUUAAAUUCAUCACACAUGGUAAAAUUAUAUAGAGCAAAAAGGUAUGCAUGCAAAACGUUUGUAAAAUAUCUCAAAUGUAAAAAAUGGAUGUAUUAGCUUCAGAGACUUUACUUUUUUCAUCUUUUAUGCUUGUUAUCGGAUUAUUAAUUUACUACAUAGUUCAACAAGUGUACUUUUAUAUGUUAGCAAUAAUCCUUUUAUGCGUGGUUUAUAAACUUGUUUCUAAACGAUUUGCUAAGAAGAUAGAUGAUGUCAACGGGAAAGGAAUUUUGAUCACCGGAUGUGAUACAGGAAUUGGGUAUGCAACGGCGUUAAGGUUGUGUAAAGCCGGAUUUUACGUGUUUGCCGGAUGUUUGAACCCCGAUUGUGAUGGAGCAAAAACUCUAAAGGAAAAAGGCGGGGAAAGACUUCAAGUCGUGUCAAUAGAUGUAACAGAUGAUGAAAGCAUUAAACAGGCGUUAGAGACAACACGGCAGGGAUUGCCAGGAUUGGGUCUUUGGGCAGUAAUCAAUAAUGCCGGAAUAGAGCUUGCAGCAGAAAUAGAAUUCGCAAGCAUUGAGAUGAUGAAACAUGUAGCAGACGUGAACUUCUAUGGCAUGGUGCGUGUUACUAAAGCGUUUCUACCUCUGAUCAGGAAAACAAGAGGUAGGGUGGUAAAUGUAACAAGUGCUAAGGGAAGGCUCCCAUGGCCCGCAGAUACGGCCUAUGUUUCCUCUAAGUAUGCCGGUGAAGCCUUCUCAGACAUUCUACGCAGGGAAAUGUACAGAUUCGGAGUAAAAGUCGCUAUUAUAGAGCCUGGUAAAUUCAGCAAUAUCACAGGAAUUCUUCAGGGUGAAAGAUUAUGUCUAGCAGUCGAUGCACUUAAUCAAAGUUGGGAACUGGCAUCAGAAGAGAUAAAAGAAGCAUAUGGUAGACGAUGUAUUGAUGAUCUUAUUACGGCUUUUCGAGACGAUUAUAAACUUGGACCAGAAAGUUUAGAUCCUGUGACAGAUGCUAUGCUUGAUGCAGUGGCUAAUGUAAAUCCAAAAUGCCGGUAUUUGGUGCAUGGUACCCACCAUUCUUUCGACAAGUAUUGUAUAUUGGCAUUACUGAAUCAGUAUUUACCGGAACCAUUAUUUGAUCAUUUUAGUCGCUGGAUUUUGCCCUUACCGCCCGUUAACCAGCAAGUGUAGUCAAAUUUCUAGGAAACUAAUUAUUUG